AUGGCUGCUAUCAUAGGUCUCGGUACGCAGUCGCGUUAUAGACUGGCGCAAGAACGAGAGUUCCACAAAUAUUUUCCGCACGAACAAUCCUCGGCACGCUAUGCCCCGUUUGAUCGCGCCAGUGAGGACGGCUUCACUCCUGUGGCCUCUUCGGACUCGGCCUUGAAUUCUUACGCCCAGUUAGCUACAAAACGACUGGGUGUUGAGCGAGCUAUUAUUUCCCUAUUUGAUUCCACCCACCAACAUCUACUGGCAGAGGCUACUCCAAGCCUGAGUCUUAUUGGGGGUCGCAUGGCAAAUGAAAAUGAGCGCUUAAUCUUGGGGAGCUGCACGUUCCCGAAGGAGCGAGGAAUAUGCCAUUGUGUCGAGUCAACACCACGCCGUUCUAGUGAACAUCAGGCUGGAGAUACAGGCGAUAAUGACAGCGUCUUCAUUGCUCUAGAUAUGAAAAAGGAUGAGCGUUUCAAUCUUUCGAACCUGCAAGCUGGGCUGUCGGAAAUACGCUCUUUCGUCGCAGUCCCAAUAAUUAGUCCGCGGGGAUACAAUAUUGGUGCUUUUACUGUAAUGGACAGCAAGGCAAAAUCAUCGGAACCUGAUCAGCACUCUCGUCAAUUUCUGAAGGAUAUGGCUGCGACUGUGAUGGAACACCUGUCAAUGAGAGAGGCUACAGUAAAAAUCCGUCGAGCAGAGCGCAUGAUUGUUGGUCUUGGCAGCUUUGUCGAAGGAAGAUCCACACUUCGUGAUUCAUGGCCAGAGGCACAUGCUCAGCACCUUUCAGCAGAAACCUCUGGGGAAUCUGCAGAAGGCCAGCUGAACAUCGAGCAACAAGAUUUACAAGAGCUUGCAAAGGAAACAGGCAAGAAAACACUGUCAAUUCGACAACUACCGCACAGAGCUCAUCGUUCUCGAGCCAGUAGUCCUAAAUCAGGCGACUCUGGUCAGAAAACACUACCUGACGAGACAAAAAUUCCACCGACCCAUGGAAGAAAAUUCUCUGAAGAUAAGAACGUCGCGCGAGCCGUCCUGGAAGGCAGUAGUCUAAAACAUGACGCUUUCCCAUCCAGUAUAAGGAACGUCUUUUCCCGCGCAGCAAAUUUACUCAGAGAGUCAAUUGGGGCGGAAGGAGUGAUGUUUCUUGAUGCAAAUUCCCAUCGCUUCGGGGAUCUGGUCGAUGAGAAGAAGCGCAGAGUGUCCGGCUCCGGUUUCGAUGAAACUAAGACAGGCGGCGACGACGAAAGCACUGGUUCAGAAUCAUCGUCUCGUCGGUCUGUUACCGAUACUGAUCGGGAUUCUGACCAUGGUGGUCAGAGAGUUUCUGAAUGCCUAGGAUUUUCAAGCUCAAGGGUCUCAAGCAUCAAUGACGAAGAAAGGGCUGGCCGAGCAGUCAUGGUACCAGAGCCGAUAUUUAGCUCUUUAAUUAACCGCUACCCCCAAGGGAAAAUCUUCACAUACAAUUCAAAUGGGUCUGUCUCAGAGGACAGUGACCGUCGAAUCCAAGAACAUUCACGAUCUGAUAACGCUACCAUGCCAUAUAAAAAUGACUGUCAUUCAUCAAGCACACGCAGACGCAGGCCAGCCUUUCAGCGACAUGCUGAUGACUUGAUCAAAAUAUUUUCCGGCGCCAGAAGCGUUCUCGUCUUACCUAUCUGGGAUGUAGACCGAAAGAGAUGGUUUGCGGGAGCCUUGAUCUGGACAAAUGAGCCACACCGAGUCUUCACAUUGGAAAAUGAGCUAGUCUAUACAUCUGCCUUCGCAAACAGUAUAAUGGCGGAAAUUCGGCGUAUUGAUGUCGAGGUAGCGGAGAGGGCGAAGACCAACCUCGUCAGCAGCAUCACGCACGAACUUCGAAAUCCACUGCACGGAAUCUUGGGCACGGCCGACAUUCUGAGUGACACAGCCAUGAAUGCACUCCAGUAUGGGAUGGUUCAUACGGUCGAGUCAUGUGGUCGUACUCUGCUGGAUACUAUCAAUAGCCUGCUUGAUCUAACAUUCAUCGAUCAAUACAGGAAAGGCGACACUACUCGAAAUGGAAAGCGCAGAAAGAAAUCACAAUCACAGCAGAAUAUCCCGCUUGGUCAGAACCCAUCAACUUCUCAUGUUGAGCUGGAUGCUGUCCUCGAAGAAGUUACAGACUGUGUGUUUGCCGGUCACUGCUUCUAUAAUCAUCCACAGACGCCUCCCCCAGCUCUCACGGAGUCUUCCUCACGAUCCGCCGGCCAGGCUAAUCAAGCAGAUCCUGUUGACCCCCGAGCCAGUCAGGUCACGGUCAUCUUUGACAUCGACGCAAGCACAGAAUGGGAUUUUGAGACUCAUGCUGGUGCGUGGAGACGCAUUCUUAUGAAUGUCUUCGGCAACGCACUUAAGUACACUCCUUCUGGAUAUAUCUACCUUGGGUUGAAAUCAUCUGCAAGCUCUACUAGCUCAAUUUCGAAGAAGUCUCCUAGCGAGCAAAAGCAGGGUUUUGAUGUCACUAUUACCGUGAAAGAUACCGGAAAGGGCAUUGGGCCAAAGUUCCUACAAAGCGAUCUGUUCAACCCAUUUAAGCAGGAGGAUCCUCUUGCAUCCGGAAGCGGGCUAGGACUGAGUAUUGUUCGCCAGGCUGUCGGUCUACUCGGGGGAUCUAUUGAAAUUGAAUCAACUGUGGGACAAGGCACUCAAAUCUCAAUCCAUGCACCACUCAUGAAGUCCAUGAAAACUUCAGAUUCGUCGUCAUCGAGAUCCAUUUCCUCUCUGAAAGUUCAAACUGAAGGACGCACUGUGGGAAUUCUAGGAUUCGGGCAGUCUCUCAAGUCGCAACGUGACACAGCAUUGUAUUCGUCAUUGGAACGAAUGUGCCGUGAUUGGUUUGGCCUUGAAGUGACUAAUAUCUCACCAUCAGAUGGGAAAAGCUUUGGUUUUGAUUUCUACUUUGCUGUGCAGACUGAGUUAGAUUGUGAGGACGUUGAUGGAAGAGACAUAUUUGGUCUUGCCCGUAAUUUGGAUUUUGGAGACACCCAUAAUUCACCGGUCAUCGUCGUCUGCCAGUCGCCAGAGGAAGCUCAUCGCAUGUAUGUUUUAUCCCGAAACCGAAGUGAGGCAACAUUUUUUGAGUUUGUGAGCCAGCCUUGUGGGCCGAGAAAGCUGGCUCGGGCAAUAAAUAUGUGCUUGAAACGACAACAGGAACAGGAACAAGGACGACACAAAAGUGAUGAGCCAACUCACUGGGUAGAGGUGCCUAGAUCCUCCCACCUCCCAGUAGACAUCGAUGCCAGAGAUCCUCCACAGGAUCGGAUGAGAAUUAGCAAGCGACCGACCGCAGAAACAAUGAGCAAGGAGAAGAAUGGGAGCCCUGGACAAAGUCCUGAAAAUCAAAAGAUUGAUUCAAAACAACCAGUUCUGUCAGACCUCCCUCUCAAGCGCGAGGAAGGAGCGCCGAGCAACGACGCACAAGUUGGCCAAGAGCGGAUUGUCUUGCUAGUUGAUGACAAUGAUGUCAAUCUCCAGCUGCUUUGUGCCUAUGCUCAGAAAGGCGGGUUUACCUACAAGUCGGCUAAGGAUGGCGCUCAGGCGGUUGACCUUUUUAAGGCCGAACCUGGGGCAUUUCAGGCUAUCGUAAUUGAUAUAUCAAUGCCCGUAAUGGAUGGCUUUCAAGCAUCACGGGAAAUUAGACGCAUAGAAAAGGAGUUUCGCGCCGGGUUAUCCGAAUCGGCUCAAAACGUGCUUCCACCCACAACCAUCGCUGCAUUAACCGGGCUUGAUAGCGCCGGUGCUCAGAAGGAGGCUUUGUCGUCCGGAAUCAACACUUUCCUGGUCAAGCCCCUUAAGCGAAAGGAAUUCUUAGCUGUCUUGCGCCGCCAAUUUUAG